GGGCGGUCUCGGCAGCGCCGCGCCCGCCGUUUCCCGGCCUUUUAAAGGCAGCGUCGGGGGCCCGCCCGCGCGUGUUUUUGUGGCGUCUGGCCGCGCGGGCACCGGCCGUUCCUUCCCGGCAGCGCCGCCGCCCUUCCGCUCCCCUCCGCCCUCCCGAGCGCCCUCGGAGCGUCGUCGCCCUGUCCCGUUUGCGGCUGAGGUAACCGCCGCCGCCGCCGCCGCCGCCAUGUACCGUUGUGUGGGGGAGCUUCUGGCGCCCGCCCGCGCCGUCGGUGCUGCCACGUCGUCCCUCUGCGGCGCGGAGCCCGGCUCGGCCCUGCUGGCGGGGAGCGGACCCGGGAGGGUCCCGCCGAGCCGGCGCCGCUACAGCCAGGCGGUGGAGCAGGAGGACGACCCGAACUUCUUUAAGAUGGUGGAGGGCUUCUUCGACCGCGGCGCCGGCAUCGUGGAGGACCAGCUCGUGUCCGGGCUGCGCACCCGCGAGAGCGCGGAGGAGAAGCGGCACCGCGUGCGCGGCAUCCUGCGCAUCAUCAAGCCCUGCAACCACGUGCUCAGCGUCUCCUUCCCCAUCCGGCGCGAGAGCGGCGAGUGGGAGGUCGUCGAGGGCUACCGGGCCCAGCACAGCCAGCACCGCACCCCCUGCAAGGGAGGUAUUCGUUUCAGCACAGAUGUGAGUGUUGACGAGGUCAAGGCCUUAGCUUCUUUAAUGACAUAUAAAUGUGCCGUGGUCGAUGUGCCAUUUGGUGGUGCAAAGGCUGGUGUUAAGAUCAAUCCUAGGAAUUAUACAGAUAACGAGUUGGAAAAAAUCACGAGGCGAUUUACCAUAGAGCUAGCAAAGAAGGGCUUUAUCGGUCCCGGCAUUGACGUGCCUGCUCCUGACAUGAGCACGGGAGAGCGGGAGAUGUCCUGGAUUGCCGACACCUAUGCCACCACCAUCGGCCACCACGAUAUCAAUGCGCAUGCCUGUGUCACCGGAAAGCCAAUCAGCCAAGGUGGCAUCCAUGGGCGUAUAUCUGCCACAGGCCGUGGUGUCUUCCAUGGAAUUGAGAACUUCAUCAAUGAAGCGUCCUAUAUGAGCCUCUUGGGAAUGACUCCAGGAUUUGCAGAUAAGACAUUUGCUAUUCAGGGAUUUGGCAACGUGGGCCUGCAUUCGAUGAGGUAUCUGCAUCGGUACGGGGCGAAAUGUGUUGCCAUUGGGGAAAAGGAUGGUGCUAUAUGGAAUCCCGACGGGCUUGACCCCAAGGAGUUGGAAGAUUACAAACUGCAACAUGGAUCGAUUCUCACCUACCCGAAGGCCCAGGCCCUGGACUGCCACAUCCUGGAAGCCGACUGUGACAUCCUGAUCCCAGCCGCCAGUGAAAAACAGCUAACAAAAGCCAACGCUCAUAAAGUCAAAGCAAAAAUCAUUGCUGAAGGUGCAAAUGGGCCCACAACCCCUGAAGCGGAUAAAAUCUUCUUGGAACGGAAUAUCAUGGUUAUUCCAGAUCUGUAUUUAAAUGCUGGUGGUGUAACAGUGUCUUAUUUCGAGUGGCUGAAGAACCUGAACCACGUCAGCUAUGGACGCUUGACAUUUAAAUACGAAAGGGAUUCAAACUACCACUUGCUCAUGUCAGUCCAGGAGAGCUUGGAAAGGAAGUUCGGGAAACACGGAGGAGCUAUUCCAGUUGUGCCCACUGCUGAAUUCCAGGAUAGGAUAUCUGGUGCAUCUGAAAAAGACAUCGUUCAUUCUGGACUGGCCUACACCAUGGAGCGCUCUGCCAGGCAAAUCAUGCGCACCGCCAUGAAGUACAACCUGGGUCUGGACCUGAGGACAGCUGCCUACGUCAACGCGAUUGAGAAGGUCUUCAAGGUGUAUAAUGAAGCUGGGCUGGCGUUCGCCUAAACGGACAGUCAUCCGCCUCCACCUGGAUACCUGUUGCAUAUCCUCUUCAGCAAGCUUAUCACAAGUUUACAUAGCCACACAAAUCACUUUUCUUUCUCGAUUCCUUAUAGCGGAUAUGAUUUUCAAUUAGCUUCUGUCAGAGCUAGCCUUUUUUAUAAUAAAAGAAAAAAACCAUGGAUUUAGGGCUUAUUGCUGAGACGUACCUAAAGGAAAUGUUUGUUUUUGGGGUGGAGGAGAAGAUGGCGUGUCCCCCAUCUUGAAAUUUUUUUCAAAAAGGUACCUUUGUGUUGCAAGAUCUUGUGGUCUUACCGUGAAACACAUCUUAGCGAAGCUUCAGAUCCACACAUACAGCGUACUGUUGGAGCAAACAGUGAACUGUUCAUGCACUUUGGUUUCAGAUGAUGUUAACCUUAGCUUUGGCACUUUUUUGAGGAAAGGCCUUGUAGGAACAGUGCAGUGGCAUUAUCAAAGACAGAAUGGGGGCCCCCUGCAGGGAAUAACUUUGAUUCUAAUUUUUACAUAUAACAGAGCCAUAGGCCUAGUUCUCUUUGGCAAAUAUGUAUCCUCCCCCCCUUUUUUUUUUUACAAUCUGUGCUCCUGUUAGACUGCCUUUAAAUCAUGUACUCUGCUGCAUCUUGGCUCGUGCACUUUGUGGUGCUCAUAUAGAGAAUGGGUUGCAGGAACUAAUAUUUUUAUAAGCUGGAGCAGUUAUCACUGUACAGGCACCCAUCGGACUGACCUCUUUAGUGUGUUUAAUUGCAUCUCUGCCUAUCCAGUUAGCUUCUUUUUAAAAGAGACGAUAACGUGUUCUUAAGCAUAACCCCCAGGUUGUCCAAAGAAUUUGUGUCACAUUUUAUUCGCCUUGGUUGUGUGUUUUUUUUUCAAGGCAUGUUCAGCGUGGGCCAUUGCCUCAAAGAACAAUUACAACAGAAGUAAUUGGCAACGAGGAGUCGGGCUGUUGCUACAAACCUUGUGUAGUGUCCAGAGGCGUAUUGGGGGAAAUGGUGCCCGGAGACAACUCCUUCUCCAGGUGCCCCCCACGCCCUCCCCCUGUGCUCAGGGGUAUGGCUUGGGGGUGCCAAGCCUCGCCCCCAGGCCUCCAUGCAAACCGAGGCCCCCCCUCCCUGCGGCUUCCGUGCAGGCUGGCAGGGCCUGAGGAGGGCAAAAGCCUCCUUCAUGGAGGACCGAGCUCGGCGGCAAUAGGCAGCCCAGGCAGGUGCUGUGGCUGCCUGCUGCCUAGCCUCGCCCCCAUCUCCCUGCAGACCAGCUCCUGAGCUGGCCUGCGGGGGGGGGGGGGGCUCAACGAUGUGCGCCUGGGGGCAUGGGUGACCCCAUGUCCCUAUAGGCCAUAUGCCUCUGGUAGUGUCUUAUCACACCGACCUUGUGUUUUUUCCUCAUUUGGAGGUUUUUGCAUAGUUUGGAUGCAGAGUUUAAUAAAGAGGGACCUUGAAGCAAGAUCGGAUCACACGUUUGCUGGAAGCCUGCUUGACGAGGUCCACAAUCUGGAGGUCUCCUCUCUAGUGCCAGAUGUAUUUAUGUAACGGAUCUAGAUGUUUUUUAAAGCAAACCGCAGCCCUCCCAGGAACUCAUCCCUUUUUUCUAACUACUUUGUAACUCAUGUUAUAACCUGGCAAUGAAAGCAAUUAAAACUUGACCUUUCCAAA